AUUAAAUGACCGAGCCAGGCUAAAGAGGCGGGACAUAACGUGGGUACAUUUAGCUAUAAAGACAACACAGUAUCAUUGGGGAAUUUGUGUAUCUUCUGUUUCAGGUCAGGGGAGAGAGACCGCAGACGGAUUUAAACAAAUAAAGCCUGCAGAAGUGAUAAGGUCAUUCGUUCAUUACAAACUAACCGGACGUGGAAAAACAAACGCUUUAUCAUGGCACUGGAUGGAUGUGGCCUUGCCUGCAAAUAUAUCCUCUUCAUUUUCAACCUCGUCUUUGCGGUGUUGGGGUUUGCCUUCCUGGGUCUUGGCUUGUGGCUGAGGUUCAGCGAAAGCACCAGAGGCAUCUUCCAAAUAGAGGCCCUCAACUCAAGUGCAUUUGUCAUGGCUGUGACUGUACUGAUAGCUCUUGGGUCAGUGAUGCUGAUUGUGGUGGUGUUUGGAGACUACGGUGCCUGCAAUGAGAAAAGAUGUUCUCUGCAAGUGUUCUCUGCCCUGGUGUCCAUACUGGCAUUAGCUGAAGUUGUUGCUGGAGUGCUCGCUUAUUCCAAGAGUGAUGAGGUUGGUAUGAGUAUUGUGGAGUUCUACAGUAGCAUGUAUGCUCUGUAUUUGAACAGUGGAGACCCAGUCAUUGGUGUCACACUCACGUUCAUCCAGAAAAUGCUUCACUGCUGCGGAGUGACAGGGGUCGUGGUGAUAGAGCUGGCUCAAAAGACUUGUCCCAAACCAGAUGGGUUUUGGCAGAACAUUGUCAUGCCUAAUUGUCCAGGGGUCAUCGCAGAUGUCUUUAACAGUAAAGCCUCACUUGUGAUGGGCAUCUUUGUCGGAACUGGAGCUCUUUUGAUCAUUGCUCUGAUUUGCAGCACAACCCUCAGUAGAAAGAUAUGUCAGUCCGCCUCAUCUCCUCAGUACAUCAUCCUGACUCACUCCACUUCUGUCCUGGCUAACCCUCAACAACCCCUGCACAGCUUUGCCUCCACCUCCUACCCUGACCAGGACCCAGUCUUCCCCCCUCUCACUGUGGCCAACAUCCCUGUGUCUCAGGCUUAGUGCGCUCUUGUCAGUCUUCACUCUCGCUGUUACGCAGUCUUGACUUUGUCCUAUGCUUUGGUAUAGAGAAUACAAAUUUGGGUGACUACUGAACCUCUUCAGCUCUUCUCAGCUUGGUCACAGUGCCUUCAGCUCGCUUUAAAGGAAAAAUCCAACCUUAAAGAUGGCACAAUAAUAACAGCCCUCCGUGUUAUGUCGUUUGUUUUUAAUUCCCACAGAUUAUUGAGCAAAUGCUGAUGUGUCAAGAUUUUCCAGGCACAGCUGCAUUGAGAUUUGGCACCUUUUUCAUUUUGCACACAUUUUCUGCAAUCAUGCAUCAGUAGGCAAACAAACAACUCCUUUUUUUCCCCUCACUAACUUUUAGCUGGAAAGUGAUGUUUGAUGUGGCAUCAGUGAAUGAAGCCUCUUCUGAGAUUCUCUUUUUUUAGGAAAAUGUAUCUACUGUUAAAGAAUACAUAUGUUGGAUUUCUCCUUGAAGUGUCUACUUAUUCCUCAUUGAACAUUUUGCCUGUUUUAGUUCCACACAAGCUUCUUAUGUGGCUGCGUGCAGAUUAGUAGCAGGUGCUUUAAAGUACAACCACUCUCUCACACCAACUCAUUCUGUGACUGGGUUCAUCCUGGGGGUGAUGAGGAAGCUGGUUGUUCACUGCACACUUUUCCUUUGUCCCAUCCCUGCUCUUUACUUCCCCAUCCUCCUGUGUCCGCAUAACAGAUUACUGCCAUGGUCUGCGCAGUUACCCUCCUGAAACAGAUCAAGAAAGGCCAGCAGGAGAUCAGGACGUACUAUUCGACCGUGUACUAAGGAUUCAGUUUUCAAAGCUUACCCCCUGCCUCAUCAACAAAGACCAUCGCUGGAAUUCAGGCUAAACCAGCAAAUAAGUGUGUACAGAUUUUUAUCUGCAUGUGAACUACUGAUCACUAGUUUAGAACUGAACUUGGAAUGGUCUUAAAAGCAUUUUUAUAUCCUAAAACAAUACAUUGUGCUAAUAAUUUGAUCCAUUGCAGAGAAAAUACCUCCUUUGUUCAGAGCUGCCAUCAAUAUUUGUUUUGUUUUUUUUAAAUCAUACUACAACUCCUUGUGAAAUGGAUGUUGCUUAUAAUUAGCUAUUAUGCAUCUAGCUUGAAACGGUCAAAGCUAGACAGCAGGUGCACUCUAGCCUGACAGCCCUCUACAUGAUUGCAGGCGUAUAAUGUGUAAUCUGAGGACCAGACUUUUUUUUUAUAUAUAAAUAAAACUUCCACAUGUCAAACCUUUUAGCAGUUAUGUUAAUAUGCAGUGCUUUUGUCUGUUGCAGCAUGUGGGAGUUUUAAAUGCUCACUGAGCCACUGGCAAAUAUCACUGUGUUAAAGAUGUAUGUAUAAAUGCAAAAGGGAACAUUUUCUUUAAAAAUCCUUUUAAACUAUUUCAUAAACUCAUAAGUUUAGGUCAAAUUAGUUUUGACAACUUAUCACACUAGCCAUUCUGCAUGUCAGGGUGUAAUGACUGCACCGUUACCUUCACUUUUUUGUUACUGCUAUUUUUAUAUACACCAUUAAUUAUUUCUUUGCCAUAGCUUAUUAAAAAUUGCAUUCCAUUUAAUUUCUUCUGUCCAUGAUGUGUUUCAGAUUGUGACAAAUAUUCUGCAGGCACAUCGGGUUCUGUCUGAGGCUGUUUAACUGAUUGUGUAAACAUUUUGAAGGGAAUGCGUCUCAGCUAUGAAGCAGUAAGUGCUGUCUUCCUGCGUACGAUGGUUUGUUACCGAGGGAAACACCUUGCCAUUAACGGACAUUACAGUCAAACAGUUUUCCCUUCAUGUUUCGGUUCCUUCCUCAAGGUCCUGUGACCAAAUAAAGGUUCAUAAAAUGUCCUGUUUAGAAAGAAAACAGCAAAGUGUCUUGUAUUGCUUGUUUUCUCUCUGUACUACUAACUAUUGCAUUGCACUAUAUUGUUUAAGUUCACAAUUUUUGAAAUAAAUAUUCCACAAAAGGCAUUUGCCUGCUUCA